AUGCCGAAAAAACCACAUUUCGGUCGUGGACGUAGAAACCUCAAAGAAUUAAAGAGGAAGAGGGACGAUAGUAGAGACAGUAUCCGAGAUGCCAGUAAAAGAAAGCGAGACAACGAAGGGAACGAGACGGCCGCAGAUUAUAUCGGGAUUGGCAUCGAGAACGAGGAAGACCAAGUAGAGAUCGAGAGACCUUUCUAUGGUAUGCUAGAGGAAGAGGAACAAGAAUACUUUCGACGAGCAGACGAAUUACUUGAGAGCAAUAAUUUUCCUGACGAAGAGCAACGUUCACUCUUUUUAGAAAACGUAUAUCGAGAAGCGGAAAACAAGGAGCUAAAGAUAGCCUGUAGUCAGUCCUGCUCACGACUUAUGGAAAGACUUAUAAUUUUAAGUACAAUUGAACAAAAGAAAAGAUUAUUUGUAAAAUUUGCCGCAUCCGCUGUCUCAGAAGAGCUUGUUGCAAUUUCUAAAUCCAAAGAUAAUAUAGUUGAUGAAGAACUUCCAAGCAUGGAGACGCUGCUACUGCAAACACUAGAUGAGCUCGAAGGAAAUAUAAUACCACUUAUCACUGAUCGAUUUGCGUCCCACACUCUCAGGGUUCUUCUUAUUAUUCUUGAUGGUCGCCCACUUAUUGAAACAUCCACUAAGUCCUUGGUUCAGAGUAAACGAAAAGAAAAAGUUGAUGUUUCCCAUUUAAGCGGUAUAUCUAGUUCUCAGUUACAAUCAAAACGCUCGGUUCCAUCCUCAUUCACAUAUUCAGUGGAAAAGAUAGUUCUUGAUGUUAUUGAUAAUCUGGAUACAUCCUUUGUUCGUGUAUUAUCUACGCAUCCCACAGGAAAUCCAACACUACAGCUCCUUCUGGAACUCGAACUUACAAAUCCAAAUCUUAAGAAGCGACUAAAGACAAAUGAGAAAACGAUAAUGUCUUUCCUCCUACCCGACUCCCUUCAGGAGAAGGAUAGCGAAUCAUCCAUACUUAUCAAUGGUCUUCUUUACGACCCCAUUGGUUCACGUCUCCUUGAAACUGUUUGCUCGUUUGCUCCGGGAAAUUUAUUUAAAAAAAUAUAUAAUUUAUUCUUUAAACAACGAAUAGCAGCAAUUUUACGAAAUGAGAUAUCUUCUUACACUGCUAUCCGCGUUCUUUCACGUAUAGGCAAGCAAGACCUUGAAGAUGCUGUAGAGGCCACUAUACCACAAAUUCCAGGGCUCCUGGAAAGGAAUAGGACAGCUACCGUCAAGGCAUUAGUGGAAAGUUGCCACGUCCGAGGGGUAGAUACUAGAGCCUUGAUUAAUGCCAUCUCAACAACAUAUGGUGACCAUCCUGAGACUUUGCUGCUAAAAAUGACCUGUAUGGAAACUACUACCCUUCUGUCAUUAACAGCGCCAGACGGUAAUGAUGAAAGUAAAGCUCAAAAUAAUGUUCAGCCAAAGUUAUCAUCAGCUCAGCUACAUGGUUCUCUUCUUGCACAAUCGCUCCUCACAUGUCUAGGUCCGCCAAGUGAGCUCAUACAAAACUCAUUGCUUUCUCUCCCGCCACAAAUCCUAUUAGCUCUUUCAUUACUAACAACUACGAGUCAUAUAAUCCAAUCUGCGCUCUCUCCAUCUCUACCCGUGUCAUUUCGACGCAAACUAAUCAACUCUCUUCUCUUCUCAACUCAUAUUCCUGAUGAUGAGCAAGCUCCCAUCAUCACUCUCUCGCUUUCAUCAAUCGGAUCGCACGUAGUAGAUGCUUUGCUCGUUUCCACUGCCUCCCCAUCUGAUACUGCCAAUAGAGGCACAACGCCAUUAUUCUCUUAUGCCGAACGUAUAUCUUCGAUUCUCAUCACGCAAGAAAACACUAUGCGGAACUCUUAUUCCGGACGCAUCGUCUGGCGUAACUGGUCUUUAGACGUUUACAAGCGUGCACGAAGCGACUGGGUCAAGAAAAUAAAGAGUAUAACGCUACCUGAGCCUAAAGAUCCACCGAUUGGUCUGACAAAGAUGCCAGGAAAAGGUGUCGACAUAAUAGAAGAUAGACCUAUAAAUAUAACAACUAAGACAAAGAGCUUUGGGAUUAAUGGGUUCAAUGAGGAAUUUUCAGGUGAAAAGUCAGCGAUUGAAAGAGCUAGAGAAAAGUUUGCUAUCUCCAAAAUAGCCAACGAUAGGUAUUCUCAAGGUGUAGUCGCUAAACAUAAUCUAUAA